GAGAGAAGAUUCCACCACUUGGCACCAGAUAAUAUCACAUUCUAACGACUCUGCUGCCUCAGUACCUUAGAGGCCUUCGGGCCUUGAUGACCGUUUUAACUCCGGAUCAACAAGCAUUUAUAACUUCUCAAGAGAUUCUCAAGGAGAAAGAAAAUUUCCCCUCUCCAUUUUUUUAAUUUAGUCAUAUGUGUGAUUCGCAUGAAAAUCCAUUUUAGUGGAAAAGUUUGUGUUUGCGAAAAAUUAAAGACUUUCAAUCGACAUAGGAAGAAAUAAAGUGCCAAAGGGAGCCCCUUCGGGGUGCCUCGGAGUCCGCAAAAUUGAGAAAAGACUCUUCAUAGAUAAAUCACCUUUCCCGGAUUAAUUAGUGGAUACCACAUAAAUCUCUCAUUAAGGAUUCUUUUUUUCAUAAAAAAGUAAAAUUAUCAAAGUUGUGCGUCUGAGAGGAAAACUCGUAGGAAAAUGGAACAAUUUGAGCAACUUCUGACAUGCUGCGUUUGUCUGGAUCGCUAUCGCAAUCCCAAACUGCUGCCCUGCCAGCACUCCUUCUGCAUGGAACCGUGCAUGGAGGGUCUGGUGGAUUAUGUCAGGCGACAGGUGAAGUGCCCUGAAUGCAGGGCAGAGCACAGAAUCCCAUAUCAGGGAGUUCAGGCUUUUCCCACCAAUGUCACCCUUCAGCGCUUCCUUGAGCUUCAUAUUGAAAUCACCGGGGAACUUCCGGAUCCCACAUCAGGUCAAGUCAUGGAGAGGUGCAAUGUGUGCUCGGAGAAGGCAUACUGUUCCGCCUGUGCCCAUUGUGAGAAAAAGAUCUGUGAAGACUGCAAAAGCGCACAUAUGGAUAUCCUUCGACGGGAGAUCCUUCGAAUAAACAGUCAGAUUCGCCGUGGAAUCAACAGAUUGCAGGAUGCUCUGGCCAUUGUAGAAAAGAAUACACUGAGUCUCCAGUCGAACUGUGUGAGUGUAUCUGAGGAAGUCGAUGAGAUCUACAGGCGUCUCAGUAAGGCCCUGAAGGAUCGCUCUGACCACUUGCGCACGGAGAUCGAUAGGUAUCUGGGCACAGAAUUGCGCAAUCUUACAAAUCUGAGAGAGAACCUCGACCUGGAAAUUGGGAACAUCCAGAGCAAUUGCGAUUUAGCAGACAAGUACAUCACGGAAUCCGUUGAGUGGGAUGACAGUGAAUUGAUGGACACCAAGGAGAUAUUUUUGAAAACAGUAGAGUUCUUGAGGAACUUUGAGUAUGAGAAUGCUGACUACAGUCGCCGAGUCAGAUUCGUCAUGGCUAUUGAUCCCAAUCAGCUAGUUAUCAAUGUCUCCACCUUCGGCGACUUAAACAUCUUCCAACCAGCUACAUCGAGCCCUAGUGGAAUGCUUCAACCGCCAAAUGUGGGUCCCGGAUUGAUGCGUAGCAAGUCCGACCAUCGCCUGGCCACACAAUUCCGGCAGCAGGAGGAGCAGAGAGGGCAUGGUUAUGAUGAUGAGCCCCCGCUCAGCGGUAGGAAGUUUGGAGAACGUCAUGCUGGAAGGAAUGCUGAUCGCUAUGGGGAUCGGUAUGGUAGGGACUACGGAGGGGAUUAUGAAUACGAUGAACCAUCGUCCCGUCCAGCGAAGUCGAGGUUCAGGUCCCGCUUUGUACGAAGUCAUCAGGGAGACAAUGAUUCCGACAAUGAGCCCACUCGCAGCGUGAGAUUCCACGAGAAGGAGAAAGAAAAGGAGCGAGAUCGUGUGAUUGACACUGAAGAUGUAGCCCGAGGGCAACUUAGUGGAAUAAUCCGGCUGACAGAUUCCCCGCGUGUCAUGAAGCGCAUUCAGGAGCAGAGUCGUGAAAAAAAGGAAAAAAAGGAGAGUACAGUGGUGGCGCCAGUACUAGCCGCCCAACAGAAAGCAGCAGCUGUGAAGAAGACUCCAACUCCAGCAGCACGUCAAGUGUCUGAGGAUGAUGAGAUCUCCAGGAUAAAGCGGCAGAACAAGGGUGCACCAUCGGGAGCAGCAGCUGCACCAGAACCCGAGCGUCCUGCAUCAGAACGAGUGUCUGCGCUCAAGAGAACGACAGGAGGUGCCGGUACUGCUUCAGACGAUAGCGAUAGCUCGAGGAAUUCAUCGGCGCGAAAGACGCCUCCGCAGGUUGAGUCCACAAACUCUGGUACCCCAAAGGCACCAACACCAGCACCCAAGAAGACUACGCGAUCCGCCAGCAGUGACUCCAGUACGUCCACAGACAGCUCCAGCAGUGCAGCACCCCGGAAUACCGGAGCAGCCUUCACUACCGAAGAGGUCAAGCAGAAAUACCUCCAGCGGAGCAGCAUUGAUGCCACAGCAGACGCAACUCCGCCCAGAACACGCCCAACCGAAGCCUCUGCCAGUCCAACUGCCGCAGCAGCUGCCAGUACCGAAAAGAAGCCCUUUCAGAGUCGCUUUCUGCCCAACCACCAGUCCCCCAAGCCCAAAGAGGAGUCCGAGUCCAGUACCGAGGAGGAGACAAGUACCGAGGAGUCGGAGGAGGAAUCGGAGGAGGAGACAGAGGAGGUGAAAUCAACUACCACAACUUCCACCUCGACGCCCGUUGUGCGAACUCCCCCGAGAGACACCGCCAUGAAGACGGACAUUGGACCCCUAUUGGCCAGGAGUUCCCAAGCUCGAGAUACCGCAGAAAGCCGACGCACCUCUAGGGAGGAACCAAAAACCAGUUACUCGAGCACAAACAAUAGCUACCGGAAUUAUGAAAGGGAAUCAAGUCCAAAGUAUGGGGCUGCUGGUGGAUCUGGAGUCAGAUCGAGGGCUAGUGCACUUCAUACGGAACCUGAGGACCAUGGAAGGUACGGCAGUGGAGCCUCCAGCGGAAGUAGCUACACAAGCCGCUUUCUAAACAAGAGCAAAAGCACGGCCGUUGUGCCGCCGGAUGAGGAUCGAGAUCUCAGCACAGCUGAGGACUCUGACAGCCGAUACGGAAGCAGUGGACGGAGUCGGUAUUUGGCGCUCAAGGAGCGUCGCAAUCGCCUGGCCAGGAGUCGCUCAUCGCACAAUUUUGGCAAUGAUGACGACGAUCUUGAUGAGCCCCUGUCGCCCACCACAGCAUCCCCAUCUGCUUAUCUCGCUUCCAGGUAUGGAGCAUCCUCUUCUUUGGCAUCUCAGCCAACGGAUUUAUCCAGGAGUAGAUCUUCCCAUGCCCUCAAAUCCCGAGAAAAUUCUCCAGACAGGAGCACUGGAACCGACAAAGAUGGCGCUGCCUUGAGCUCUUGGGCUCGUUAUCUCAAGAACAAGUACGGAAAUCGCUCAACGGCCAAGGAGACAAGAGAUCCUGGUCCAUCUUCUACAUCUAGUGUGAGUUCAUCGUCGGCAUCGAGACGCCUGAGUCUCGGACUGCCACUGCGUCAGGCCAACGAACUGGCCAGCUCAGAUGAUGACUCAAAAAACGGGCUAGGCUCCCCUACCUCUCCUACGGUGGCAGCAGUCGGUAUAACCGGAGCGGCAGGUAUGUCCCCUAGGACACAAUACCUGCAAAAACGCCGACAGCUGUUCCAAUUGGGAGGCCGGGGGAGCGAACCCGGUAGUUUCACGUGGCCACGUGGCAUUGCCGUCAGCCCCGACAACAACAUCGUCGUGGCCGACUCAUCAAACCACCGAGUCCAGAUCUUCGAUGCAAAUGGCAUCUUCAUGAAGGAAUUCGGGGAGUACGGCAAUGCCGAAGGCGAGUUUGAUUGCCUGGCGGGUGUGGCAGUCAACAGGAUCGGACAGUACAUCAUUGCCGAUCGGUACAAUCAUCGCAUUCAAGUGCUAGAUCCCGCCGGACGGUUCCUGCGAGCCUUCGGGUCGCAGGGCACGGCCGAUGGGAAAUUCAAUUAUCCUUGGGGUGUCACCACAGAUGCACUUGGAUUCAUCUACGUCUGCGACAAGGAGAACCAUAGGGUUCAGGUUUUCCAGUCCGAUGGUACUUUUGUGGGAAAAUUCGGCACCUGUGGUAGCAAAGAAGGCCAACUUGAGCAUCCUCACUACAUUGCAGUGUCCAACACAAAUCGUGUGAUUGUGUCAGACUCUAAUAAUCAUCGUAUUCAGAUCUUCGAUGUCAAUGGCCGAGUGUUAUCGACUUUCGGCAGCGAAGGCUGUGAAGAUGGCCAGUUCAAGUUCCCCAGGGGAGUUGCAGUGGACGAUCAGGGGUAUAUUUGUGUGGCAGAUUCUGGCAACAAUCGCAUCCAGAUCUUCACACCAGAUGGCAGUUUCUUACGUGCCUUUGGCUCCUGGGGAUCUGCUGAUUCGGAGUUUAAGGGUCUCGAGGGUGUAGCCAUAAUGUCGAAUGGGAAUAUUUUGGUGUGCGAUCGCGAAAACCACCGUGUCCAGGUGUUUUAAAUUACGUCCGUUACUUAUAAUUUUAUCCGUGCGAGAAAAGAAAAUCCUUAUUUUGGCCACUUUGUGCUUCUUUCUUUGGCUGGGAGAUUCGAGGAGAAGAUGAAAGAAAGUUUUUACACUACUAAUCUGCCUAAAUUCAUAGAUUUUCCGCGUGUGUUUCAAACCAUUAUGAUUUAUAGUUGCCUUUGUUAUGGAUUGCAAGAGAACGAUCAAUUUUGGUUUCGUUCCAAAGUUGAUUUGUCAUCUCCAAUGCAAUAUUUUUCUUUAGCUCAAAAAAUGACACCGUUGAUUUUAAUUGUUGAGAAUAAAAAUACCUUUAUAAUUUGUAUUUCUUUGUAAUAAAUCAUUUUUAUCAGUA